GAGAGAAAAAGCUAUUGCGUUACUAACAAAUCUUUUCUGCAGAAUGACUGCAGAGGAAAAUAACAUGAGCAUAAGCAGUAAUGAUAGCUCUGCGCAUAAUCAAAAUGAGACAAAUUCUGAAAACGAGUCUGAUGAUUUUGAGUUAAUGCUGUCUCAGUUAGACGCGAAUCGUAAUUCCGAUUAUGUUAGUGGGCCGAACAGUUCUGAAAUUAUCCGUCCUCUCUUAGUGGCCUUUGCCAAUCAAAGACGGCAAGAACGAAGUAUUGAUGUUCUACAAUAUUGGAAAAAUGAGUCUUUGCGGAAACCGCACUUAGCUCAGUUAGCUAAAAUAGUUUUAGCUGUUCCUGCAACGCAGGUCAGUGUUGAGAGGCUGUUUUCUGGCCUAAAAUUCAUUAUGCCACCUACGAGAGCAAAUUUAAGUAGUAACGUAGUGGAUUCGAUUUCAUUGAUAAGAACUAAUCAAUUGUAUGGGCUACAAAUAUUUAAAUAACUUUAUUAGGCUUUGCGGGUAUGAUUUGACUCUUUUAAAACAAAAGAUUAUUAUUAUA